UCUCUCUCUCUCUCUCUCUCUCUCUCUCUCAGUCCCUCCCUCUCUCCAUCUCUCUCUCCCUCCCUGGUCCUCUCACACGCACAAAACGCUCUGUCAUGGCGUCUUCCAACAAUGUUACCCCCACCAACUGUAGCUGGUGGCCCAUCUCAGCCAUGGAUGAAGACGGCAAAAUCACAGACGGGGAGGAAAGCGAAGAACCGACGGCAGAGCCCAAACCUUUCUCAAAAGACAGGCUCGUUUUGUACCACUGGACGCAGUCUUUCAGCUCCCAAAAGGUACGCCUAGUCAUUAACGAGAAGGGCCUAAUCUGCGAGGAGAGGGACGUGAGCUUGCCGCUGCAGGAGCACAAGGAGCCCUGGUUCAUGCGGUUGAACCUGGGGGAGGAGGUGCCCGUCUUCAUCCACGGAGACACAAUCGUCAGCGACUACAACCAGAUCAUAGAAUACCUAGAGAAAAACUUUGUGGGAGAAACGGUGGCCCAGCUGAUUCCCGAUGCGGGCUCGCCUCUCCACGAGCGUGUGCAGCAGUACCGCCAGCUACUGGACGGCCUGCCCAUGGAUGCUUACACGCACGGCUGUAUCCUGCAUCCAGAGCUCACCACUGACUCCAUGAUCCCAAAGUACGCCACCGCAGAAAUACGUAGACACCUGGCCAACGCUGCGUCGGAGCUGAUGAAGUUGGACCACGAGGAGCCCCAGCUGACAGAACCAUACCUCUCCAAGCAGAAGAAGCUCAUGGCAAAAAUCUUGGACCAUGAUAAUGUGAACUACCUGAAGAAAAUUCUGGGAGAGUUAGCCAUGGUUCUAGAUCAAGUGGAGGCCGAACUGGAGAAGAGGAAACUGGAGUAUCAAGGUCAGAAAUGUGAGUUGUGGUUAUGUGGACCUGAAUUUACACUAGCUGAUAUCUGCCUCGGAGCCUUGUUGCACAGGCUCAAGUUCUUGGGACUUUCUAAGAAAUACUGGGAGGACGGCAGCCGGCCCAACCUGCAGUCCUUUUUUGUGCGUGUGCAAAAACGCUACGCUUUCCGCAAGGUGUUGGGCGACAUCCACACGACCCUCCUGUCAGCAGUUCUACCCAACGCGUUCCGGAUGGUAAAAAAGAAGCCGCCGUCCUUCUUCGGGGCUUCUUUUCUCAUGGGCUCCCUCGGAGGGAUGGGGUACUUUGCCUAUUGGUUUUUAAAAAAGAAAUACAUGUAGUGAAUGCCCUCUUGUUGUGUUCAAUGUCUGUGUAUUUGUGUGAUGUUUCAACUUUUCUGUAAUGUUUUAUGACUGCAGGAAAACAUAUGAAUCUAUAUAGAGAACACUAUUACUUACCUGGGUGAACAAAAAAUAUUAAGAACAUUCCAUACAAAGGAAUUUUUGACAGCACAUUUUCUGGUAAUCAAUGCCUUCAUUUAGUUUGAUUUCUGGCAGCUUGCAGGCGUCACGUCGACGGCCUGUAAGGCCUCAUUUAGCUUUUGUUGAAGGCAUGCAUCAGGUCCAGUUAUAUUGAAAACGCCAACCUAAAGGUCUUCACACAUAAUGUAAAAGACCCCGACAAAAUGUUAUGAGGUUGCACCGUGCACAGUAACACCAACAGGGGUUAACUGACCUCAGCAUGUCACUAUACAGUUGAAUUAUAGCCAUUAUUCAUACUAUUGGCAUUCACCUAUUGCUCUUCACUCCUUUCAUUGGCCUGGGGUUUGCCCAGUAAAACCCCCGGGAGAUUUUACAUGACAAAAAUACUUUAUGAUAAUUGCCGUGCUGCCAGAAACUGCCAGAUGAGAUGUAGGACGGGGGCAAACAUCCACUAUCUGUGCACCCAAACACACAGUAACACACGCACACACAUGCACUCUCACGGUGACAGUUCAUUUAGAGCACUGUAAAUUAAUUACAUAGCACAGCGCACAGUGCUCUGUGGAUUCAUUGUCACUCUAUCCGUCGCUGACCAGGAUUUUCAGAUGAUAUUUGAGGUGUUUGAAACGUUACACUUGGCCAGAACUGGUAGUAAUACUCUAAAUUCUGCAUCUAUGGCACAAUAGUGGUGUAAUAGGUCCACGAUGUAUUUCAUUGCAUGUUUUUUUUUUUUUGUUUGUUUUGUUUUUUCUUAUUGCGUAAGCGUUUUGACCAACGGACACUGAGGAUUUUGUGUGACCCAGAGGCAGAAUUUAUGACGAAAUCGAGUUCACUACUGAACAUUAAACCACCAACCUGUAAAUGCUGACGUUUCUACAUGUAACCUUUGAAGCACCUGCACUGUAUGGUCUGUUGGAGAUGGUCGGGGGUAGAGUAGCUCAUCCCUCAGCAAUACCGAACAAGGAAAUCACUGGACUGUGGACUGCUGUUUGUCACCGAACUCCUGACAGAUGCAAGAUUGUUUUUACAGAAGAUAUUUAUAAUUACAUGUUGUAUGAUUUACCUUACUGCACUCUGUUUUUUUUUUUUUUUUUUUUAAUGAGCUUCAAAGUGAAAUGAUGGCAGAAAAAGCUGACUCGUCGGAAGGCUAGAAGGAGCAUGACGAGGAGGAAAAAAAAGGCCUCUCCCCCCCCGGCUAAGCUUGCCAGUUGACUAGCUCACUCUUGUUGUUUGUUGAUGUAGUGUACUGUACUUUUUCUUGCUCCACACUCUAUUUAUCCUCCUCUGGAGCCAUUCUGCUUUUCUCGGUCGCACUACCAGAGUUCAACUUUGUUAAUUCAGCUCCAGAGGCAGGUUUUAAUUCAUGAUGUGAUGUAUUGGUUGGAGCCGUAAGCUUCAUUUGUCCCCGGUUUUACGACUGGCUGUACAGACAUAAUUAUUACUGCACACUGUAAAGAAACUAAACCUCUUAUGGGGAUCUGACUCAAGCCGUUCAGCUUGAAGGACGUACAGUAUGGUGUUUCUUUCUGUCUGCACAUGCACAGCCCAAGCAUUUACAUUCUGUGACCAAACACAGGCAGGCAGUUUAGUCAGCGGCUGCUGGUGAGGCAGAGAAGGUUCAACCAAAGACAAUGACCAAUGCUCCAUUAGCAGCAGCGUCUCUUAGCUGUGUAAUAUCUGAUAAAUCUGUGAAAUCUCCUCUAGACGUUUAGAAGGUGUAGAUAAUCCAGUUUUGUGAAUAUUGAAAGUGCAGUAGAGCCAUAUAGGUCUGACAGCUGGGAAUAAUUCUUCACUACGACACAAUAUGCCUGCAAAAGACACAAUAUGGGAAAUAAUUUGAUUCCAAAACUAUUCUUGCAUGAGAGCAGCAGUGCUGUGAGCGCAUAUGGCGACAAAUAAGAAGACUUUAAAUAUCUUAAUUUCUCAAGAUUGGAAGUAAGCAAGCGAAAACGUAAGUGUACAGUACUAUUUCCUGUUAGGAUUUAGGAUUACGAUUAGCCGAAGUGUGUGUCGACAUUUUUCUCAGUCCUUUUCCUUCUGUUGACUUUCAGAUUGUGAAACUCUCACUUAUUUUGUAAACUGACAAACAGCAGACGAUGACGAGGACAAAUGUCAAGGGACGAAUGACAGAAUCUCACUUCAUGACCAGCCUAUCAUUGUGAAAGCUUGUACAUUUUUGUCUGUUGCAAGCGCCCUCGCUACAACGAAUCCACUGCUUCUUCUGACGUAGACAUCAUACCCGAGGAGCGGAUCUCAAAGUCAUUGGAUCACACUAAGAAUUCAAGCGGAGGAAUCCUAGUUGUUAUUUGUGGCCAUUAUAUUUCACAAUAGUAUUUUUUUAUUUUUUACUUUUUAUUUUUUAUAUUUAUAUAUAUGCAUUUAUUUAUGGUGCUUUUUAUGAUGUUUGUUCAUAAGCCUUAAUUUAUUCAGUUGCCAUCAAUGACAAAUAAAUGAUGAA